CCAUAGCUACGGAGCCCGGAGAGCUCCUCCAUUACUCCACCCAAAUUCCGGUGGAUAAAUUCGAGCUAUUUUCAUCGAAAAAUGUGCUCCGCAAAGCAAAAACUCAGUCAACAUUGUCCGAAAGGCGGUGGAAGAGAUUGGAGGGAAGAAGUAAUUACCGGCGGGUCAUUGAAAUGCGUAGAUUUGAAUAACGGGACAAAUGGAUGGGCGUCACCUCCGGGAGAUAAUUUCAAUCUCCGAGGUCCGAAUUACUUCACAAAAAAGACGAAAAUACCCUCAGGUGAAUGGCUUCUACAACCCGCCGGAGUUGAUUGGCUCCGAUCAAAUUCAAAACUCGAUCACGUCCUUUCUCGGAACGACAACCGUGUAAUGAACGCGCUGAAGAAAUCUCAUUCACAAGGUGAGUUUCUAAAAACCUUUGUAUUCGCUGUAAACCUUCAAAUCCCCGGUAGAGAUCAGCACAGCGCGGUUUUCUACUUCGCUACUGAACAAAACCGCCCGCUCGAACCGGGGUCACUCCUCUACCGAUUCGUACACGGCGAUGACUCGUACCGUAACAACCGGUUCAAAAUCGUGAACCGGAUGAUUAAAGGACCGUGGAUUGUGAAAACCGCCGUCGGGAACUACUCCGCUUGUUUACUCGGUAAAGCUUUGAAUUGCUAUUACCAUAAAGGACCUAAUUACUUAGAAAUCGACGUUGAUAUUGGUAGCUCGGCGAUUGCGACUGCGAUUUUGCAUUUGGCUUUAGGUUAUGUUACGUCGGUGACGAUUGAUAUGGGGUUUUUGGUGGAGGCGGAGACGGCAGAGGAGUUGCCGGAGAAGCUAUUCGGAGCGGUGAGGAUAUGUCAAAUGGAGAUGAGUUCCGCUACUUUUGUUGAAACGACGCCGUAUAAGAAAUUAAUUUCUAAUCAUAAUAGCAGCAAAGUGCAGGCUGAAAAUAACGAAGACGAGUAGACGACGAUGACAAAUGAGUUUAUUUAUUAUUAUUUUUUGUAAUUUUAAUGACGUGGAAAUUCUUUUGAUUCAUAAUAUCUCUGUGGUCAAUUUAAUUUUAAUAAAAUGGAUUUGUCCCAAUAUUAC